AAAAACUCUAAACUCUACCAAUUUCUCAACUAUCGUAUGAGAAUAACUCUUCAAGAUGGUAGACAAAUAGUAGGAAAAUUUAUGGCUUUUGAUAAAUUUAUGAAUCUAGUUGUUGCUGAUUGUGAGGAAUUUAGAAAGAUUAUACCAAAAGGAAGUAAAGGAGAAGAAGUUGAACAAAAGAGAAGCCUUGGAUUUUUACUUAUUCGUGGAGAAAAUAUAAUUUCAAUUGUUGUUGAAGGACCGCCACCA